AUGUCCUUCUCGCGUCCGUUGUCUAUCGCCUCGUCUGACGCCACCAUUACCGGGUCUGGAUCUGAUUCUGAUUCCGUCGAUGAAAGUUCGUCAACCGAUUACGGAUCCGUCGCAAAUUAUUCGCCAGUUGACUACGACACCGUCGACAAGCGUUCUUCGGCCCUUCCAGCCGAUUAUUCCAACUUCAGUCCAGCUUUCACUCGCGACUCCUUUUCGCUCGAAGAACUUCAUGAUUUUAGAAUACUCGUCACGGACGAGCUUAUCCGUUUUGCCAGAAGCAUAAGCGACUCCAACGAAACGGAUCGAGUCCAAAGGUUGAGACUGUACAGUCGCAUCGAGGACCUGUUUUCAACCCUCCAUAUGCAUCAACUGGGACCGCCUAUGGAACUUCGAAGGGCCCUCAUCCAGGCUAAAGGAAAGCAAGAAAAGAAGAGAGAUAAAGAAGAGAUGGCUGUCUUUCACAAGGAAGUUGAGGCACAGUCAGAGGAGGUGACUGAAGAGUAUGUGUCAGAAAUUAAGGCCCUUGUAGAAGACCAAGGUAUGUAA